UUCCAAAUAUUCUCCCUUCUCACAUUUUCUAGCACGUAAGAACAUUUCUCCAAAGAGUUUCUUUAAGAAAUGGAGUCUAGUAGUGACACCACCACUGCCACCACCAUUACUUCUUCACCACCAUCUUCUCGGUCCGUCUCACCGUCCUCUUCCUCUCCUCCUAACUCUCCACCAUCGCCACAAGUGGCGGUGGUCGUCAGCCCUUGUGCGGCCUGCAAAAUCUUGCGGAGGAGGUGCGCGGAGAAAUGUGUGUUGGCUCCUUAUUUUCCUCCCAAUGAUCCCAUCAAGUUCACUACCGCUCAUCGCGUCUUUGGUGCGAGCAAUAUUAUCAAGUUCUUGCAGGAACUACCGGAAUUUCAAAGAGCAGAUGCUGUGAGUAGUAUGGUGUAUGAGGCCAAUGCUAGGUUGAGGGAUCCUGUCUAUGGUUGUGCAGGAGCAAUAUGUCAACUACAAAAGCAAGUGAAUGAGCUUCAAGUACAAUUAGCUAAAGCACAAGCUGAGGUUGUCAACAUGCAAUGUGAACAAGCUAACUUUAUGACACUUUUUUGUAUGGAAAUGACACAAUCUCCACAAGCAUCACCACCACAACAAUCCUUGGACAAUUUCACUAAUAUCCCACAAUAUGGAAGUUCACAAAACAACAUGAGCAUCUUAGAUGAGAACAAUGUUGGAUCUAUAUGGGAGACUCUUUGGACAUGAUUAAAUGGAAUAUGUUUAUCUAAUUUAAUCAUAGAGGAUAUUUUUCACUAAGUUAAUGUUAUGAGGAGAAAAUAAAAAUGAUGCAACUUAUAAUUUUAGUGUAAGGAAAUUAAACUAAAAUGUAAUAUAGUAUGAACCAAAUCUUUAAUAGAUUUGAGUCUUUAAGAUAAUUUUCAUGAUUUUUCUAAUGGUUUUGUAAAGCAAAUGAAGUUGACGGGCAUUGCUCCCGCCAUAUAUAGUUUUAUUUUCUU